UUUGGUAAUGCAAAAACAGUUAGAAACGACAACUCAUCUAGAUUUGGCAAAUACAUUGACAUUCAUUUUCGUGCUGAUGGAGCUAUUGAAGGUGCUAGAGUUGAGCAGUAUUUGCUGGAAAAAUCCAGAAUUGUUAAUCAGGCUCAUGAUGAGCGAAAUUAUCAUAUAUUUUAUUGCCUACUAGCUGGUUUAAGUCAAGCUGAAAAAGAUGAACUAUAUUUGAGAGAUGCUAAAGAUUACUAUUAUUUAACUCAGGGAAAAACUCUGGUUGCCGAUGGUCGUGACGAUGCUGCAGAUCUGGCUGAAAUAAGAUCUGCAAUGAAAGUACUGUUUUUUAAAGAACCUGAAAUAAAGACUAUUUUUAAGAUAUUGGCUGCACUGCUUCAUAUUGGCAACAUUAAAUACAGCGCAACAAUGUUGAACAAUAUGGAAGCAACAGAAAUACGGGAUAGAGCCGGUGUUGCACGAGUUGCUAAACUUCUUCAAGUGGAUGAAAGAACCUUAGUGAAUGCACUAACUACAAGAAGUUUGGUGACACGAGAAGAACGAGUGGUUUCCUGUCUUACCGCCGAACAAAGUUUAGAUGUAAGAGAUGCGUUAGUAAAAGGUAUUUAUGGUAGACUCUUCAUCUCAAUUGUUAAUAAAAUCAACGAUGCAAUUUACAGGCCACAAAAACCUGGACAAAAAAGGCGCAACAUUGGAGUACUUGAUAUAUUUGGCUUUGAAAAUUUUACGAUGAAUAGCUUUGAGCAGCUUUGUAUCAAUUAUGCAAAUGAAAAUCUGCAGCAGUUCUUUGUACGUCAUGUUUUUCGACUGGAACAACGAGAAUAUGAAGCAGAAAAAAUUGACUGGAAAAGUAUCGAGUAUACAGACAACCAAGAUGUGUUGGAUAUUAUUGCGAUGAGACCAAUGAAUAUUUUUUCCAUUAUCGAUGAAGAAAGUAUAUUCCCGAGAGGCACAGAUCAAACAAUGCUGAAUAAACUGCACGCUAAUCAUAGUAUAAAUAGUCGCCUAUAUUUAAAGCCAAAAUCUGAUCUGAACAAAUCUUUUGGCAUUGUUCAUUUCGCAGGAGCCGUUUUUUACAGAUUUUUGGAAAAAAAUCGAGACACAUUUUCUCCUGACUUGUACUCGUUAGUGCAAAGCAGCAAAAUAAAGUUUCUUGUCAAUCUUUUUGAACCAGACAUGGACGCUGAAAAUUUGACGGGAACUCGUCGAAAGCAGGCAACCGUUAGUGGUCAGUUUAGAAAGUCACUGGAAGCCCUUAUGUCACAAAUCGCUCUUUCUGAACCAUUCUUUAUUCGCUGUAUCAAGCCUAACGAGUAUAAACGAGCUUUGAUGUUUGAUAGAGAUUUGGUCUGUAAACAGCUUCGAUAUUCUGGAAUGAUGGAAACAAUCAAAAUCCGUAAAGCUGGUUAUCCGAUUCGGUACUCUUACCCCUAUUUCGUUGCUCGCUACCGCAUCCUACUUGACGGCAUCGGCCCUCCUCAGAGGGUCGACUGCAAACAAGCAACGAAAGAAAUCUGUGAUGCAAUCCUUGGGCGACAUGCAGAUUACCAACUUGGUGCUACAAAGGUUUUUCUAAAAGAUGCCCAAGAGCUUCAUUUAGAGCAAGAACAUGAUCGCAUGGUGCACAUGCGAGCUGUUUUGAUACAAAAAACACUGAGAGGAUGGCUGCAAAGAAAGAAAUUUCAUCGAAUGCGAGAUGCUGCAAUAAUAAUUCAGAAACAUUAUCGUGGAUAUGCUCAACGACGUAGGUACCUUCAGAUGCAAGUUGGCUUUGCUCGCCUUCAAGCAGUGCUCAGGACUCGCCAGCUGGUCCUACACUACCAACAUCUCAAGUCUAUUGUUAUACAAUUCCAAGCUUUAUGCCGUGGUGCUAUGGUAAGGGAAGCCAUAAAGUCAAAACGUGAACGCGGAGAAAGGCGGCCAGCUAUGAUGACUGAGACAGACGAGUCGCCGCGAGAGCCAAGUCCUGCUUCUGCAUCAACAUCUAACGAUGAACUGGAUGAUUCACGCUUAGUAGAACAAAUAUCAGACACCCCGUCACCAACUGAUAUUAUCGCUCCUAUGGAAGAAAUAGGAAAUGAAGACCUGAGCGGCUUUCAGUUUGGCAAAUUUGCUGCAACAUACUUUCAAGGUCAGGCUACGCCACAGCAUAUCAAAAAACCACUACGAGCCCCCUUGCUUCUUCACGAAGAUCCUGGCCACCAAUUGGAUAGAACAUCUGUUAUGGGUAGGCUUUAUGAGACUCUUGGGCGAAAGUUUACGAAGAAAGAUGUUGCUUUAGCAAGCAAAAAUUGCGACUACGAUCAGCUGUCAGGAACGCAGAAGAUUAAAAAAAGUAGCAGCGUUACUCAAAAAUUCAUACAGAUGACGUUAAGGAAGAAAACUAAGCUUGCAGCUAUUGAACAAGGAGGUGAUAAAGAAACUAAAGCUAUCAUUGAAGGUAUUGAAGCACAUAGACAGUUUAAUGCCUUUUUGGACGAUAGGCCUACUUCAAACUUAGAUAAAUUACAUUAUAUUAUUGGACAUGGCAUCCUCCGCAGUGAACUAAGAGAUGAAAUAUAUUGCCAAAUCUGCAAGCAGUUAACGAAUAAUCCAUCACGAAGUUCAAACGCUCGUGGGUGGAUACUGCUUUCAUUAUGUGUUGGUUGUUUCGCUCCAUCUGAUCGUUUCAUCAAAUAUUUGUACUGUUUUGUUCGAGAGAAUGGUCCUAAAGGGAGUGUUAAUUAUUCCUCUUACAUUGAACAGCGAUUAAGACGUACGGUUGCAAACGGAACUCGGCAUCAGCCUCCAAGCUACAUUGAGCUACAGGCUACAAAAUCAAAGAAAAACAUUGUGCUUUCAAUAACACUUAUGGACGAAAGCGUAAAAUCACUAAAUGCAGAUUCGGCUACCACGGCAAAGGAGUUAUGUGAAGCUUUGUCUCAAAAAAUAGGGCUUAAGGAUCGUUUUGGUUUCUCGCUUUACAUCGCAUUAUUUGACAAGGUAUCCUCUCUGGGUGCCGGUACUGACCAUGUAAUGGACGCAAUAAGUCAGUGCGAACAGUACGCUAAAGAACAAGGUCGACUGGAACGGAACGCUCCUUGGAGAUUGUUCUUCCGUAAAGAAAUCUUUAGCCCAUGGCAUGAUACUAGCCUUGACCCAGUUGGUACAGACUUAGUUUAUCAGCAAGUAGUACGAGGAGUCAAGUAUGGAGAAUACAGAACCGAUAAAGAUGAAGAUCUUGCUCUUCUAAUAGCUCAACAAUUUUACAUCGAUUACGGUUCCCAUUUGGACGUGAAUGACAUCGAUAAACUGGAAGAGUCACUUCAGCGUUACCUUCCCGAUUAUGAGCUGAAAAAGUCAAGUAAUGAUAAUCUGCAAAGAUGGUUACAGUUGGUAAUGCAUGCUUAUAGAAAGAAGUUCAAGCAGAAAGAAAUAACAAAGGAAGAAGCUAAAGGAGACGUUGUUAAAUUUGCAAAGUUCAAAUGGCCUUUACUUUUCUCCAGGUUCUAUGAAGCUUUUAAAUUUGCCGGUCCACCUCUUGCCAAAAAUGAAGUUAUUAUAGCAGUUAACUGGACAGGUAUCUAUGUUGUAGAUGAUCAAGAACAAGUACUACUCGAGUUCUCAUUUCCAGAAGUUACAGGAAUUUUAUGCUCAGCACCUUCAAGAGCUUGUAUUGAAUCUUUUACGAUUCAAACAGUUGGUCAGGAUGAAUAUACGUUCCAGUCACCUAACGCUGAAGACAUUAAAGAGCUUGUCAGUUACUUCUUGAAUGGCCUGAGCUCUCGUUCGCGUUACCUUGUUGCUUUGCAGGAGAACAGUGCAAAUGAAGCAGCAAAUUAUCUCGAAUUCAAAAGAGGAGAUCUUCUUCUUUUAUCUGACGGCCUCACUGGAGGUUCACUAAGUAAGCAUCAGUUUGUGAGAGGAGAAAAUGCACGAACAGGAAGGAGGGGUAACAUUCCGGUUGAUCUCGUGCGGGUUUUGCCUACUCUAGAAAAACCAACGAUUGAAGUGUUGGAAACAUUUGCUAAACAACCGGAGUUUGAUUCUUUGAUGAAUCGCCAAGUCGCGUUGGUUAACGCUUCAACCACAGAUAGGCCUUACACCUUGGAGAGGUUUGCGGCCGACAAUUUCAGAACUCCUCCAAAAAGGACUCUUACUCUUGGUUCAAGAAAGAACGACCGUUCUAGUAAUGGUUUAUGGAUGCAUAGCAGAGAUCCAAUAAAAAUGCCACUUUUAAAGAAGCUUAUUGGUAAAGAGGAGCCUUCUAGUGAAGCCGUUAAUAUGUUUAUGGCCAUUUUAAAAUACAUGGGCGAUCAUCCAUCGAAGAAACCACGUUCAGGCACUGAAUUGACGGACCAAAUAUUCAAAGGACCUUUGAGAUAUGAGAUACUUAGGGAUGAAUUGUACUGUCAGCUUAUGAAGCAGCUGACUGCUAAUUUCAAUCCCUUUAGUGAAGAGUGGGGAUGGGAGCUUUUGUGGCUUGGCACAGGUUUAUUCCCUCCAAGUCAGUCGCUGCUGAAAGAAGUUCUUCAAUUCUUACGAUCGAGAGAACAUCCUGUUGCUGCUGACUGCUAUAACAGACUACAAAAGACUUUAAGGUCUGGCCGUCGUAAGUUCCCACCUCAUCAGGUUGAAGUAGAAGCAAUUCAACACAAAACCACCCAAAUAUUCCAUAAAGCUUUCUUCCCUGAUGGCUCAGAAGAAGCAAUUGAAGUCGAGUCGUCAACAAGAGCGCGCGAUUUUUGUCAGCGGAUAGCCACAAGAUUGAGAUUAAAGUCAUCUGAAGGCUUUUCGUUGUUUGUAAAGUUUGAUCAGAAAGUGAUUUCUGUGCCGGAGAAUGAGUUCUUCUUUGACUUUGUCAGACAAAUCGGUGAAUGGGCUCGUCAGAUGCGAGCUGCAGAAAAUGCGCCACCUUACUUCUCUUAUCAAGUUCGUUUUAUGAAGAAGCUAUGGAUGAAUGUAGUUCCUGGAGAAGAUACAGCUGCAGAUUUAAUCUUCCACUAUCCUCAAGAACUACCUAAAUAUCUUAAAGGUUACCAUAAGGUAACUCGACAACAGGCAGUUGAGUUGGCUGCAUUAAUUGUACGUGCUAGCACGCAACGCGACAAGUAUCCGUCAAUGUCUCAGGUUCAACAAAAGUUAAAAGACUUUGUUCCGGAAGAUCUCCUGCAAGCUUAUAAUAAGAAUGAUUGGAAGAAGCAAAUUGCGGCAGCAUAUGGCGGAAAUGUGGAAAAUAUGAGUCCUGAAGAGGCUAAGAUUACCUUUUUACAACGCGUUGCACAAUGGCCUACAUUUGGUUCUGCAUUUUUCGAAGUUAAACAGUCUUCCGAUCCAGCAUUACCCAAUAAACUUCUCAUUGCUAUUAAUAAAACGGGAGUGAACUUGUACGAUCUGGUUACUAAAGAUCACAUCGGAAAUUAUCCAUUUUCUUCAAUAAGCAACUGGACUAAAGGCAACACUUACUUCCACAUGACCGUUGGUAACCUGACGAAAGGAAAUCGUUUAUUGUUGGAAACUUCGUUGGGUUAUAAAAUGGACGAUUUGUUAACAUCUUAUAUUAGGAUGUUACUGUCUUCAUCGAAUACUAAUCGUGCUACUGCUGCCUCCAGUGACGCUGAAAUAAUUUGACU